CGCUCUUCAUCCCUGCCCUAUCCCUGCUCCUGGUCCACUCUCUCUCUGCAGCCCUUCAGCUUUACAGCCUCAUCCUCCCUCCAUAUCAGCCGAGGUCGACACUUCCUCAACACAACGCUCAUUUUUUUCUCAGAUUCUCUCAAAAGAAAGGGAAAAGAAAUUGCUUGGUGUAUUUGCUUGGCUGGUGAGAGGGCUAAGAAAAGCAGACGACGAUGUCCACCAGCGAGCGUUUCGAUUGUCAUUACUGUAAAGACUCUCUGCUGGGGAAGAAGUACAUAAUGAAAGAGGACAUGCAGUACUGCACUAAGUGCUAUGAGAACCUGUUUGCCAACUGCUGUGAGGGAUGCUCUUUACCAAUAAGCUGCAACUGCAAGGACCUGUCCUACAAGGAUCGCCACUGGCAUGAGCAGUGCUUCAAGUGCGCCAAGUGCAGCCGCUCUCUGGUGGAGAAGGCCUUUGCCGCCAAGGACAAUUCAUUGCUCUGCACUGAGUGCUACGCCCAUGACUAUUCCUCCAAGUGUACCACCUGCAAGAAAACUGUCAUGCCAGGUUCCCGCAAAAUGGAAUACAAGGGGAACAGCUGGCAUGAGACCUGCUUCCUGUGCCACCGCUGCCAGCAGCCAAUAGGAACCAAGUCCUUCAUCCCCAAAGACACUGGCUACUUCUGCGUGCCCUGCUUCGAGAAGCAGUUUGCCUACCAGUGCUGUGCCUGUAAGAAGUCCAUCACAACAGGUGGAGUGACGUACCAGGACAAGCCGUGGCACCGCGAGUGCUUCCUAUGCAUCGGCUGCAGAAAGCAGCUGUCAGGUCAGCGCUUCACCUCCCGGGAGAACUACCCCUACUGCCUCGAAUGCUUCAGCAACCUGUAUGCAAAGAAGUGUGUGGGCUGCACCAAGCCCAUCACCAGUCUGGCAGGAGCCAAGUACAUUUCCUUCGAGGAGCGCCAGUGGCACAGCGAGUGUUUCACCUGCAUGCAGUGCUCCAUGUCACUGGUGGGACGCGGCUUCCUCACCCAGCGUGACAACAUCUUGUGCACCGACUGUGGCAGGGAGAAGUGAUCUUUCCACCAGGGGUCACCGCUUAAUCCGAG